CUCGUGUAGGCCAUCAUUCGAACCAUCACAAAGUUUUCCAUCGCUGUAACUAGUCACGGUCAAGGACUCAACAUAGGCAGUCUCUUCAAGAUGUAUGAUGCACGCCGUGUCCUUCACAAACUGCUGGUCAUGCUUCGAACGAUGGUUAUUAGACUUUCCAGACAGUUUUCGUACCCGUGUUUCAUUCUGCAGCGUGUCCUUAACACUUGGACUUCCAGAAUUGUGCGCUCAGGUGUUGCAUAUGAAAGUGCUAGUAGUCGCCAUGAACGCUGCGAACAACGUGGCAGUGAGUUCAAUGCUUCACCAGUAGCCAUCCUCCCAAGCCUCGACUACCCCUCCGAGUCUGGGCAUUCAGUCAGCCAGCACUCAGAACACACUCGCGCAGGGAGCUCUCUUCCUGAAGACGUUGAGUCUAACUAUGUGUCUGUGUCAAUUGUCACUUCGCUGCGGGACAGUAUCCCUCCAAUCCUGAAACCAAUGACCGCGAGUGACGUCCGUCGGUAUAGCAAAAAGUCUCAAAUUCAGAGGACAGAUACGGCCUUCAUGAUUCCAGCGGGCCAGAAAGAUUUUUUGAUUCCGGACAAAAUCGAUGCAGGCGACCUGAUCUGGGACUGCCAAAUACAUCCGCAUGGCACAUUAUACUUCUCCAGCGAACAAGUAACAUGGAGAGACCCAGAAAUGGAGACAAUCAUGGUUCAAAUAACCGUGUUCACAGAUGCCGACGUACGCAAGCAGUCGAAUUCGGAUGCAAUUGCUUCUUGUGUAAGAACACUCUUGGACCGGGCACAAAUCGCAGGUCACCUUGAAGACACCCUCACCGAGCUUACUGUUGAUUUGUCUACGAACACUCGCGGGGAGCUUGAAUGCAAGUACUAUUUUGUCGCACCUGAUCGGCGGGUUCUGUUUUGGGAAGAUGAUUUUGAGGCGAUGCAGUUAUUCGGUGAGGUCAAAGGCGUUACGAAUGGUCACAUCAAAUAUGCCAUGGAGGCAGAGUAUUGGAUGCACCGGGAGCUGUAUCCGAACGAUUGCAAGAUAACCCCUGAACUUCAUCGUGAACUGCAGGCAAUGAUCCUCCAUGCUUACACCGAUACCAUCUUUUCUGAAGUGUCGUUGGCGCCUUUCGACACUGAUGAGCUCCAGCGAGCCUUGAGCAUUGUAGAUUACUUGAAUGGCAUCGUCAACAAACCUGAUUCAACCACAAACGACCAAUAUAUAUGGGCAUAUGCUCGCUUAAUGCGAAUGUUCACUAGGGCUAGGUUUUCUAAUUUUUACGGUGAAAUAGGCGCCAGGCUAGGUACAGAUCAUACUGUUUAUGCCGAAGACAACUAUCUGGACAGAAGGCCGAUAGUCAAGCUUUUCAAUCUCGUCCUGUUUGGCUCUCCGUCCAGUCAUAUUAGAAAGAUCGAUAGCGUCUGGGUUGACCAAUCUGUCAACCGACCGCGCUGGAAAAUGUUCAUCAAUGGAUUGACGAGCGAGUGGAGUGGACUAGCAAUUUAUUCAACUGUCAUGUUAGCUGUGGACAUUAGUUUCCUCGCUGUACCUGCGAUCGGUCAACGACCUUCAGCACAGAUUGCGUUAUACAUCUCGUCACUCUGGUCCGUAGCCUCGUUGGUCGUUUCUGCUCUACUGGCGCAAAGCGGUGGGCACCAAGACAGUAUAAAUCGAGCGACUGCAUUCAUGACGCGCAUGACGCGGUCGCUCCAUGGCAAAGAGAACCUUGCCAUCAUCUUCAGCUUACCGUACGCGCUUGUCAUUUGGGGGAUGGUUUUCUUCUUCUUGGCGCUGUCGCUCGUGAUCUUCCUUUCUGCUAAUAUCACGACGUGGUGCACUGUAGGACCAGCGUGGUUACUCGUCAUCGGGUUUAUUGGCUGGCCAGUGUGGGCUGCUAGGGGCCCACAGGUCGGACGACCAACGUCCUCAUUGUGGAUCCGUAGGAAACUUGGAAUAUAUAGAACUGAUGGAGUCGCGACAGUAGAUGGGGAAGUUUUUCGUCAGUAAAAUGUCAUGAAAUGCCUAGUGUAUAUUACAUGAUAUACCAAUACGAGACUAUGUACAUAUGAAGCUUACAGACCAGGUCACAACCAGAGUCAUGUGUAG